UUAAACACUCGUGGAUCGAUUGCUCGGGACUGCCGCAUCCUUUUCUCCAAAAGCCUGGCAUCUUCCAUAGAUUCUCGCCAGUCCUCGUUCUUAAAAGGCAAAAAUGGAUUACUGGGGAAGGUAAAAGAAGCUGAAGACUCAUAUAAUAUGAUGAUUCUUUGCUUAUGUGACAUCAAGACCACCUCAUACUAUGAGGACUGGAUGAGAAAUCAAGAACAGAGGAGAGACAGCUGAAUUAAUGGAAGGGAAAAGGAACCAAGCCUUCCUUUAGCCUAAGUGCUAAAAGGGUCAAGAGGAUGAGCCAUCAGGUUUGCAUAAUGCAAAGUGUAUGGGGGCUCCUACUGCUUUGUCCCAUGUCGUGGGCAUCAGAGCCGAUAGUCAUGCAACUGGAAGCCUCCAUGCACUCCACACUGCUCUCGGACAUGCAGGCAUCUGCAUCCAGAGUUUCAACAGUAUCCGACUCUGUUGCAGUGCUGGGCCAGAUGUUUAGGAUGGAGAUCCCACUGGUGUCAGAAGACUGCCAUGCCAUAGAUAUUUUGUCUGGGAUGGGAAGUGCAGCAUUCCCUGAGUGGCUUUAUUGGGACAGUCAGCUAUGUCUUCUUCAAGGUCUACCACUAGAGGGGGAUAAAGGUCUGUAUCGUUUCAGCUUGUCUUCUGAAGCCUUUCAAAGUCAUGAUGGCAGUAUACAUAGUCACCUACUUCUCAGUGGAACCAAACUGAGUAGUAAGUCUUACACUAAUGCCCGGCAACCAGAUGUCUUCAUUAUCACAGUAAACCCAGAAGAUCAACAGGACAUAGAAUCUGCUCCAGUGGCACUGCAGACACAGUCUAAUGCAACAAAUGUGUGUAUUUGUUCAAGUGGCCAGUCAGCCACUGUGCUAACUAUAAUCCUGGAUGCUGACCUCACAAAGAUGAACUCCAGAGAGCGAUUGGUGCUGCUGCGGAAAAUGACUUACUUUGCUAAUGAGCCACCAGAGGUAAUGCGGGUCAUGCCAGUUAUAAACAACCAUUUUUUUGAUAUGACUGCUUUUAUGGCUGGACCAGGUAACGCAAAGAAGGUGGUGGAGAAUGGUGCACUGUUAUCAUGGAAACUGGGUUGCGCACUUGAUCAAAGCAACCUGCCUGAUAUUAGUGGGGUCCAGGUGCCAGCAAAAGAUGGUACUAUGUCAGCUCUACUGGGUUACCCAGUGGUUGGUUGGUACAUUGUCAAUAAGAAACCUCAGGUGGUUAAGCGAAUCAGAAGACAGAUCCACAACACUCCAACACCUGUGCCUUCCCAGUUUCCUCCAACCACUCACUUGGUACCUGCAGAACGUAUUGUGCCUGCUCCUGCAUCCCCUUUCAUUGCUCCCUCUACAAAUCUGUUGGUAAAUCCUGCUCGUGGUCCUUUGCCCUUACCAGUUAAACCUACCAUCCGUAUGCGGGAUCAGAUAGCUUACACACCUGUCCUGAGCCAACCUCUACCCACUCAAGUCCUGGGCAGUACCAGCACUCUCCCUCUGCAACCAACACUGACUCGCGCUGGUUAUUUGGAGCCUACUGCCUCUGUUACUCCUCCAACCACUCGCAGACCCAAAACCUCCACCUCGAAAAAGGUUAAGAAAGCAAAGAUCACUCCAAUACCCAGAGAGCCAAAAACUACAGAUACACCUUCCAGCAGUCCAGUGACUAACCAGAAGCCUCAGUUACAUAACUCUAUUGGUAUAGUGAAUGUGUGGGUUGGGACAUACUUUGAGAUCAAGAUUCCAGCCAAUACAUUCUUUGAUCAGGAAGAUGGAAACACAGAACAAUUACGGCUGUUAUUGCAACAGAAUCUUUACCAGGUACUGGAUCAGGGCUUUUGGAUACAAUUUAACAGCAGCAGUCAGCUCCUCUAUGGCCUUCCUGACCAGAGCCAUGUUGGAAGACAUGAAUUUGUAAUGAUGGCAAUAGAUAAAGAAAAUUCAAGCACCAUGGAUGCUUUUGAGGUUCAUGUAAAACACUGGUCAGUUGAUGACCAAUCACCAGUUGUGUUUACUGCUCACUUUGAAGGAGAACCUAAAAUGUUGACCAACGAUAUCCACAAGAAAAUCCUGUUUUGCAAGAAACUUGCCUUUGCAUUGGGUGAUCACAACAGCAGUUCUGUCACUCUAAGAAAUAUCUCAAGGGGUUCUAUUCUGGUGGAAUGGACCAAUAGUAGCUUGCCUGAGAAUCCUUGUCCAGCAGAACAGAUUCAAGAGAUGUGUCGCAGGAUUUCAGAUGCUCAAGGUCAUCCCACAUCCAUCUUUUACAGUGCAAUGGAGCCAGAGUUCAAACCCAUUAACAUUGGGGCUCGUGGUGCCAACAAAUGUCAAAUGUUCUCAUUUCUGCCACUAGGAGAGGUUUCCAUUCCUGUAUCACCAGAGAAUAUUUCUGUUCCUUUGUCAUCCACAGUCACACCUUCUUCUAGCUCAGGCUGGCAUAGCAGCGAUGAUGUCUACUUACACACAGUUAUCCCAUCUGUGGUGGUGGCUGCCCUGCUGCUCACAGCUGGAUUCAUUGCAAUGGUUUGUUACCGAAAGAAACAGCGUGGAAAAUUGACAACAGAGGAACAGGCCACCUUCAUCAAAAAAGGUGUUCCUAUUAUUUUUGCAGAUGAGUUGGAUGAUGCUAAAUCCCCACCCUCUUCCAGCAUGCCACUAAUCUUGCGUGAAGAGAAGCCACCUAUGCCUCCUCCCCAUUACCCCAGUUCAGCCUGUGGAGAAGUCCAUCAAAUCCUAGAGGAAUACAUCUUCUUCAAUGAUGAUGACCCCAGUGCUCCUCCUUAUCAGCCCCCUCCUCCUUUUACAGUUCCUAUAGAGGGCAGGGGUUCUCGACCGAAGAACACGACAGCCUACAGGUGUCCACCACCCUAUGUGCCCCCGUAAUAGAAAACUAGACAUUUAACUGGCUUAUAGUAGACGUUUUAAGAAAAGACAUCAUAGUCCAAAUAUGGAAUAUAUGAAGAAACUGGUUUUGUGUGUGGACAAAAGCCCUUGAUGUCAAGGCAUGCUGGAUUGUUGUUACUCUGAAUGACUGAGCAGUGCACUCAAAUCUUCAAAUCAUGGUAUUCUACAGGUCCAAACUUUACAAGACCUUGCAUCAGUCUCUGACUCAUUUGGAAUGUUUGAACCAGUUACUACAGAGCAGUAACUAGGAUCAACAGGACAGAAAGAAGUUAAAUCCUGUAUUUGCUAACCAUAUUUGAAAAUGACAGACUGAAAUGCUCUGAAACAUCUACUGCCCCUGAGUGUGACACAAUCAGAUGGUAAGCUACAGCUUCUGAGCAGAGAUGAGGUACUGCCUAAAUACAUUUGGUGUCUGUAUAGUUGAUGUUUCUGAUUUUUUUUAAAUAAUGAUCUUUUUUAUUGUCUACUUGCCUGGAAGCAACAUUUAUAUGCAGUAUUAUGUUUCUAUGUUAUAUAAAAUAAAAGUAAACCACCGGUUAUAUCAAUUUGAUCAAGAGCAGCCUUAUAGGCAGAUCGAGACAUUUGUGUAAAUGAUUUCAGCCUAAUAUAGAAUCUCUUUAACCUUUUGUAUGCAUUGCAGAUUAAAACCUACCUUGUCAAAUUUGUUUAUCAAAACACUAUCAAUUAAUUUGCAGAUUGUAAUGCCAGACUCUGUGAAAUCCUAUAACCACCAAACUCUUUAAUCACAGGUUCUAGACAAUAGGUGAUUAAUUAACAAGUAAUUAGUUCACUGUAGCUCAUAAAUUCUAAAAACAUUUUUCUAACCAUGAGUUCUUUUGUGAUUCUAUCAACAUCCUAUUCUUGUAAUACCCUUUAUCUGUACCUAUUAUAAGUGCCCCCCCCCUUUGUUGUAUUGUCGCACUGCAUUUUGUGUUUGUAUAUAAUUGUGUGCUGGUUCCAAUUGUGAGAAAAUUCUUAGAACAUUAGAACUAGUAGAACAAAAGGGUUUUAUUUUGCAAGCAUUUCUAAGAAAUAUGAUUAUUAUAUUGUGAAACCAAAAAUGCAGUACUUAAGUGAAUCUGAUGUAAAUGGAAUGUGCAUUAGCCUUGUUUUCUGGCUGUUUUAAAAAGACUGACCAGCAGAAGGAGAUAUGUGUCAGCUAAAAACACAGUGACCACAUCAAACAACUGAAAUAAUUUAGUCUAAAGUUUUUGUUACUUUUUUGAUACUUCUGAAAAUGUGUGUGUGUGUGUGUGUGUGUGUGUGUGUGUGUGUGUGUGUGUGUGUUAGAUGCACUGAUCUAAAUUUCUCAGCCGAUACUGAUAACCGAUUAUUCAGUGAUAUCGGCUGAUACUGAUAGUGCUACCUUUUAUGCCUUCUUUUAAAUGAAUAAUACUUAAUUCCACAAUUCUGAAAGAAAUGCAAAUAAAAACUUUCUCUCCAUUACAAGACGUUGUUUCACAGUAACUGGUCUCAUAAACAGAAAACACAUUACUCAAAUUAACAUAAACACAUUAACUAAAUUCUGAAGAUUAAAGUAAGAUUUCUUAACUUAUUGAAAGUUAUAUAAAAAUGUGUAAGAACUGACGUGGUGAAAUACCAACAGUGGCAGGCAAGGCUCGCCAAUAAAUCGAUUUCAGCAAAAUAGCACUAAUAGUUUUUUUCAUGAAUGUAAAUGAGACUUUUAAUUUAGUAUUCUAAACAAGUUGCAAUUGGUGCCAAAAGCUUUUGUUUACAACAGUGAUGCUACAUGCAGAGUACAACUCAGGAUGAACAUAUAAACUAUCAAACUACAACCAAUAAUCCUACCACAAAGAUGCAUAGAGUGAGGGAUUCCUUCAGCUGCAACUUCUAAUAUAAUAAUAAAAUGUAAACUUUACAACAUGAGUUUUUAGAAUUGAGUGUUUUUGGAUUUGUAUUUCAAAUAUAUUAUUCCUCUUAUACCACAGCAGUUUGACAAUGAUUACCAUUAUGAAUUUAGACAUGAAGGACCCAUUGCACUUUUUAACAGUUUAUAGUUACAUUUCAUGGGCCUCAUUUAUCAAGCUAAAUACAAACAGAAUUGUGCUAUUGUGUAAAUGUAUGCAUAAGAAGACUAACUAAUAUAAAUUUUUCAAUCAUAUAAUUUGCAUGGAUUACUGCACUUUAAUAUAUGGGGUAUACUGUUGAGAUUAAAUUGCUUAUUUUUUAUUACUUUUAAAGCAUUUAGCAGAUGCCCUUAUCCAGAUCGACUUACAGAAGUGCUUUGUAGUCUCUAACAAAAAAAAAAUCCUUAUGCUAGUUUACUAGGUCAGGGCCUAAGAAUGCCAGCAUUUUAUAUUAUUUGAAUGAAUUAAAGAAUAUAAAAAAAUUAUUAUAAUGAGCCAACACAUACCCAUGAAUUAAGACAAAUAAAACUAAUUGUUCGAUUACAAACAAAUGCCACAACUGACAGAAGAUUUCUUCUUCUUCUUCUUCUUCUUCUUCUUCUUCUUAUUAUUAUUAUUAACUAUUUUUAUUGGCAUAGAAGUAAGUCAAAAUAAAUUUCACUUCUGUUUUUCAGGCAUUACCCUGAUUAGGUGUUACAUGCUCACAGCUGUCUUUGCACUUGAACUUUUAUGGAGUGUGUGCGUGUCACUACAUUCAAAUCAGCUGCAUGAACUUGGUAAUUUAUGGGUUACUGCCAGUCAGCAAUAUGUACAUGCAUGUCCAAAGACAAAGUUUCCGGAACUUAAAUAUGCAAAUCUGGUGGAAAUUCUUACUUGGGUUUGGUUUAUGCAAACAUUUACAAAUAACUUUACUAAAAAAUGGAUAAAUGAGGCCCAAUGAUAUGGAACAUCCAUGAGAUUCAGAGACGUUUGUGGCUUCCGGUUUCUGUUAAAUAAACAUCUAAAUAACAGAAAACUUUACCAUAUCAACGAUUAUAUGCUUUUCUUUGUUAAGCAACACAUUUUAAAUAUAUUUAUUAUUAGGCUUCAGUUAUAUGGAGUGGCUGUUGUACAAGUCCCUGUGAAUGAGAUGUUACUAAAGGAAGAGUAAAUUAAUAUAAAUGUGCCAUUUAUGUUGCAGUUGUAAAUACUGUCAGAGCCAUGGUGUUAUUAAAAACUAAUCAACAGCUAAUUCAAGAAGUCAGCCUCUUUGUGGUAUAAUUAUUGUAAUCAACAUACAUUCUCUGUUAAAACAUUUGACUAUCAUUUGGGUAUGACAUCAUAGUGCACAUCACAUAAAAUUCCAGCCCCCUCAUCCACUGCCACCUAAUGUAAAACACCUUAUGUCCCUGUUUUACAACAAUCAGCAUGGUACUUGUAAACAAAUGUCAAAUCUUCCUAGCAAUACCUGUUUCUCACACUAGCACAGGCCUACAGUUAAAAUUAUUUUACCCAUAUAGCUUUUUAAAAAUUUAAUAAUGCAGAAAUUGUCAUUUAGUGAAUGUGAUACUUUUCUUUUUAUAAUGCAGUUGGCUACCUGCGUUUUGUCUUUACGAUCUGUGUGAAACAAUGUAUAUGGCACAGAACAAGCAGUCUGUCAUUAUCUGUUAUAAAAAUGUUAGUUAUGAAAUAUGAUCAAAUUAUUAUUGUUAUUAUUAUUAUUAUUAUUAUUGUUGUUGUUGUUGUUAUUAUUAUUAUUCUCAUCAUCUAACAGCCUCUGAAUGAGAACUUUCGUAUUUCUACUAAAGCAAAACACUGCAGAUAAAAAGUGAGGCUGCAUAAACAGAAAGGACAAACACAAACCAUGACAACAGAAUGAACAAAAUGAAUAAGGAAAGUUAGAACAAAAGUUCAUCUUUAGUCUAAAAGCUUCCCUUAAAACAGUGGUGUAAAGAUAUGGACUAUAAGAGCUAAAAUAAGCUAUUGAAAUGUCUUGCAAUGCUGCAACUACAGUGCCCUCCAUUAAUACUGUCAGCCAUGGUAAAUAUGAACAAAGAAGGCUGUGAAAAAUUGUCUUUAUUGUUUAAGCUUUUGUUUAAGCUUUUGUUUUUUGCAAACACAACACAGGUUUAUAAAAAUAUAUAUUUGUUAAAUAUAGGUGUGCAACAAUUAUUGUCUAUGAAAAUAUAAGUAUA